AUGAUCGCGGCGCCCAUGAUCGCCGCGUCCUUCUGGGCUCCGCCCGUCACGCCGUCGCCCUUCUCCGCGAAGUCCGUCCGCCACCCGCCGCACGCUCCCCGUGCCACGCUCUCCCAGUCUUGCGCCGCUCCUAGUGGCCUCUGCGCCGCUGCCCCGCAGAAGCUGCCCGCCAGCACGUCCACACGCAAUGCGCGCGCAAGAGAGGAGAGCGAAAUCGUGGAGCACCCGAGAGAUGAGCGCCGGAGGGAGGAGGAGCGCAAGGUGGGGGAGCGCGGACGGGGGGAGCGCGGGCGAGAGGAGCGUGCAGGGAAAAAGCGAGGCGGAAAUGGAGUGGCGGGCGGCGAUGGGGAGACAAAUGCGCGGAGGCGCAGGGAGCAGCGCAGGGCGAGGGAGCGCGCGCUGCUGAAGGCGCUGAUGGCGGCGAGGUUGGGCGGACAGGCGACGGCGAGGGAGCGCGCAGCCGCUGCUGCGCGGAUGGUGUGUGUGGGCGCGGGUGACAUGGCGCGGGCAGAGCACCUGGUGCGCCUGGCGAGGGCGGCGGGGAGAGCAGCGCAGCCCAACUGCCGGGUGCUCACAGUGAUGGCGCGCGGCUACUGCCAGGCGGGGCAGCGCCGACAGGCCUAUGCGCUGCUGCAGGUCAGCCACGCCCGCCACUGCUGCAGCCCUUCCCCCUUCCAAUGCCCCCCCUCCUCCCAUGCCCUCCCCCGGACCAUGCCCCGCCCCCUGCAGGAGAUGGAGCAGAGGGGCCCGGCACCGGAUGCAGCGGUGUUCCACGUGGUGAUGGAGGGCGAGCGCCAUGCGGAGGCCGUCACGGCGCUGCUGGCCGCCAUGGCGCGCUGCCACGUGCCGCCCACCGAGAGGACCUUCAGGUGCGCCCCGCCAUGCCGUGUCACCGUGGGCAUGCUCCUCACAGCAUGUCACCCUUUCCAUGUCAUGAUGCACUGGUUCGUCCUGGGAGCAGCGGCUGAGCGAUUUGCUCGUGCUGUCCACUCAAUAUCCAUCCCCUCCCCCCACCGACCCCCCCUCCUGGGCAGUGUGGCAAUGGCGUGCAUGGGCCGGGCAGGGGACGUGGCGGCAGCGGAGGCGCUGUGGCGCCACAUGACGGCCGCCCACAUCCCCCCCUCGCCCUUCGCCUUCUGUGCCCUCGCCCAUGUGUACGGGCAGGCUGGCAUGGUGGACAAGUGUGCUGACGUGGUGCAGCAGAUGGAGAGAAGCCUCGGGCACAAGCGGAGAUGGGAGGCACGCCGCACGGCGAGGACGGUGGAGAGCGGUGCCCUCAGAGACACGCCCAAUUGGUCUGCCUCAGCUGGCGCCGUGGGGGCAAACAGAGGGGAGGGGGGAAGGAUGGGCGCAGGGGAGGAGAUCGGGGAGGUGGGAGGCAUGGCAGGAGGGGCGGAGAGUGGUGGGGAUGAUGGUGUUGGGAGGGGGAGUGUGGGAAUAAAGAGGCGAGGGCAAGGGAGAAGAUUGCAUGUGGCAGGGGUGGGGGAGGAGAGGGACGGCGCGGGGACGGAAGGUCAGCACAGCGAGCGGAUGGCGGCGGCCAGGGGAGACACACACGCAACUAACAGGACAUUGCUGACAUCAGCACACAACAUUCUGAUUGGCGCCCAUGCCGGGCGUGGCGAUGCGGAGGCGGCCGUGGCGGUGCUGCGAGGGAUGAUGAGAGUGUGA